AGCGCGGAGGGGGAUCGCGAGACGGCGACGGGAGCGGAUGGACUCGUCCAUGGGCGAUUAGGGAGCUUUAGUUAACUACGGCUAACUGGGAAUCCUAUCUUCCCUGGAGCUGUUCGCCUCAAACGCUGAAUCGACACGCGUCUGACUGUCCUGACGCGUGCAUGCAUGCACAUUAUCAUGGAAAAUUCCUCAGGCUGCCUUUGAUCAAAAUCUGAUGAUUGCCUCAAGAGACAGAGUGUUGACACUGGCAUUCACAGCCAGCCCUGACUCUAGCAUACUCUUCCCUGUAACCCACCCUGCUCGAACACCCUCAGGAUGGUCACACGCAUACCCCCAAAUUUUACAGAUAUCCAGACCGCCCGCUCCAUGAGCCGUGGCGUUGUCAAUGUCAUUGGAGUGGUCAUAGAUUCCCUGCCUCCGGCCCCUUCUCAAGGCACGUCGUGGAUCUCCACAUUCACGCUAAAAGCAUCAGAUUUGGGCGACGACUAUUUGACCGGCCUUAAGAUACGAUACUUUCAUGACGUGGAUAGAUAUCUCCCCAGUCCAAAGGUUGGCGAUGUGGUUCUGCUGCGCCAUAUAAAUCUCGAUCUAUACAAUGGCAAGACCAUUGGACUUUCAAGAUCUAGCAGAGUAACCCCUUGGGUCGUGUUUGAGGCACGCCCCACUCAACGGCCAACGCUAUCCACAGUGCUAUGUCCCGGCGAAAGGCCACCGUCUGCCGCUGAAACCAAGUAUGCCGGCUAUCUUCUUGGUCUCUACAGGGGAGACGGGAGCCGACCCUCUAUGGCCCCCGCAACACCCGCGAUUACCGUUGAACGAUCAGUCUCAAUGCCAAGUUCAAUCCAGCCAACGACCCGCAAAGCUGAUAAAUUUAGACUUGUCAAGGAUGCUGAAUACGGCAGCUUUGUCGAUAUCGUCGGCCAAGUCGUGAAAACAUUUUCUGAAUACGAAAAGCUUCUUCUUUACGUCACCGACUACACACAGAAUAAGAACCUUUUCGACUACUCCUUUGACAAUGAUGGCCGCGAUGGUGAUGAGUUCAACUACUCGUCCCGCUCAAAGCGGAAAUGGCCAGGCCCCUACGGGCGUAUGACUAUUCAAGUCACUCUCUGGGAGCCACACUCGAAUUUCGCACGAGGUAACAUCAAGGAGGAUGAUUUUGUUUUGCUACGUAACGUUCGUAUAAAGCCCGGACGCAGCAGCGGAGUGAUGGAGGGCGCAAUGCAUACAGACCGGCAGUUCCACGCGAAAGUUGGUGUUAGCUUGCUCGAUGUCAACGAAGGGGACGAACGCCUGAAGGGGCUGGUACGGCGCAAACUGGAGUACUGGAGGAAGCUGAAAGGUCGCUUGGCAAUUGAAGACGGCAAACGUCAGCUGUCCGAUGGCGAAGGCUCGGGCAAGAAAACAAAAAAGAAUAAAAGACAGAGAAAAAAUAAGCCACAGAGAGUGAAUAACCAGGCUGAAGCCACAACGACUUCCGUUCGUCCAAAACGGGAUGAACUCAACCCACAUGUCCGGUCAAACUACCUCGCAACACCGACCAGGACAGUGGAGCAAAUUCUCCAUAACGAAUCCCACUGGAAUGUCGGUCCUGGGGGCAUCCAAUACCGGAUGCCCUUCCAGAAUCUAAAGUACCGCGCGUCCGUGCGAGUAGUCGACUUCUUCCCUCCUAAUCUAGAAGAUUUCGCGGUUCCAUAUAACCCAGAAUACGCCAUGCUCAGGGACACAGUCGAUGGUAGCGACCUGAGCGACAGCGAUGAAGAGCCAAUUAUUGGCCAGCAAAUCUGGGAAUGGAGGUUCUGCCUGCUGGUCGAAGAUGGAGGCCCGGGCAUACGCCAUCCUCCAGGCCAAAGGCGAGAGCGUUUGAAGCUCUUCGUAACCGGCCCUGAUGCUGUGUUUUUACUUUCCAUUGACCCCGUCAACCUCCGUAAGAAUCCAGAUGUUCUCGCUAGCCUUCGGGAGAAGCUUUUCAUACUCUGGGGCGACCUUGAGGAGCGUAAGAACUCUAAUUCUGAAAUAUUUAAUCCCAACGACACCGCAGCUAUAAACGCUAAACCAUUCACGUGUUGUAUAAAAGAAUACGGCGUUCGUGUCGCCUUCGAAUGCGCAGACGACAACGACGAAAAUGAUGAUGCUGAUGAAAACGAUGAAGAUCACCAAGAAACCUCCAAUUCGUUUUGUUGGGAAAGACGGUUUCGGAUGUUCGACACUAGAGUCAUGUAAUCCAUUUACCGGAAUAUUAUCUUGAUUACAUACGGAGUGUAUAUGUAUACAUUAACGAUGC